CUAAUGGAUAAGGCAUCGGCCUCCUAAUUGUUCAUGUGCUGAAGGGGUGUAAGCCGGGGAUUGCGGGUUCGAGUCCCGUCGGAGGUAAUCCAUACAUCAUUCAAAAUAUCGUCUGUCCCGCGUCAUCAUAGCAUGUGUGUCGACUGUGUGCACCUUUAGCAAGCGGCCUUUACCUUAGGUUGACCCAGUGUAGCAGUUUGCGUGCUCCUGGAAUGGGUGACAAAUCGUCUGAUGUAAGUAGGACGCGCAGCUCUUAUUCUUGUUCUGUCUUGAUUUGAUUUCUUUUCAACAGUUCUCAGUAACUUUCCUCCUAAAGUUUUUGAGAAGUAUAAAUCAGUUUCAGACUGUGAUAGGUCGCGGACAGCAGCUAAGCAGUCUGUGUGCACUUGGGUCUAGUUUUUCUACCGACAACUACGGACACAUGCACUCAUACGCCUACUGCAACCUCCACCUUCUGUCGUGUGAGCAGUGCGAGACUGUAUAAACAUGUCGAGAUGUUUAUAUUUCUGAAAAAAAAAAACCAUCUAAAGGAAAACAAGCUUUGCUAUGUUUCAACUGACUGCCUUCAAAGCUUCCUCCAGACGAGUGAAAUAUUCUGUCUUAUAGACAAUAGAUCAACGGCGUUUUAAUGUACAUAUAGCUUCAAAAUCAGAAUAACACCAGUCGCUUCUGGUGGCCACAAAACGUAGGAAAUGGAAGAAGCAUGUUGUCUAGAUGGGACAGAUCUGGCACACGUUUUAACCAGCAUGGCUGCCAUCAAACCUUUAUUUGAUCAUGGAGAUACAUCUUUGUCUUCUCCAUAUAUGUCACCAUGUCUUCAAGAAGUUGUUCUUGAUACCAGUAGUUGCACCACCAGUGACAUAGCAUUAACCUCUUCCACAGAGUCACUUGAUGAGACACCUCGUAAACGUCAUCGGUUAAAAGAUGAGAAAAUUUGUGGAGUAUGUCAUGAUAAAGCACUAGGAUACAAUUUUAAUGCAGUAACAUGCGAGUCAUGCAAAGCUUUCUUCAGACGCAAUGCUCUCAAACCAAAGCCAUCAUGUCUUUUCCAAGGAAACUGCGUGGUAGACGUUAGAACACGCCGAUUUUGUCCUGCUUGCCGCAUUGCCAAAUGUUUUGCUAUUGGCAUGAAAGCAGAUAUGAUUUUAGAUGACACAGAAAGGAAAGCCCGAAUGGAAAAAGUUGUAGAAAACCGUUCCAGGCGCCAAAACGGAAAGGAUAUUCCUGAACCACAUGUUAUCAAUAUGAAAAUCAAAGAAUGUAAGGUGACCUCAUUCUUGACUGAUUCGUUGACAUUGUCAAGUAAAGGUGAGAGUGAACUUCCUGGUCAACAGUAUGGUCUUCCAAAACAAAUGCAGGGCUGUAUGUUCAAACACCCACCUCAAGAACUCCUGCCAUCUGACCCUCAAUUUUAUCGUCGACUUAAUGAAGAAGAGAAGUGGAUAUUGAAUGAUGUCUCCACAGCUUAUCAGGCAACCAUAGCCAUGCUUCAUUUUUGUGAGUCAGAAUCUGAACCUUCAAAGUCUCAACCCACUCUAAAUGAACUCAUCAAUUCUACAAAUGAAACAGUGCGCCAGCUUAUUCGUUUUGUAGGAAAAGUAAAUGACUUCCAGAGCAUGCACAAAGAUGACCAGAUCUCCUGUUUGAAGAACAGUGUUAUGCAGUCAGUCCUAUUGAGGUCAGCCUGUGUCUAUAUUCUUGAGAAAGAUGUUUUCCUUAGCCCUAAGGGGGAAGUACCCACCAUCAUACUAGAACGUGCCAUCAACAAUACUACUUUAUAUGGUGCACAUGUAAACUUUUGUCGUUCAAUCAAAUCCAUCUUCCUUAAUAAUUAUACACUGUGGGCCCUGGCACAGAUCCUUGCACUUUUUAAUCCAUGUGGCGCUAUCAUUUUGGAUCGAGAGUUGUUAUCUUCCCUCCAAGACAAGUACAUCAUCCUGUUAAAGCAUUACCUUGAGUCUGAGUUCUCAUUCACCUAUGCACAGGACUACCUAGUAGCUAUACAAGACAUGCUGAGGGACCUGAAAACUCUUGGUGAGGCAUACACCACUGUGAUCUAUAGUGUGAACCCUACAGAAAUUGAGCCAUUGCUUCUUGAGGUUUUUAACUUGAAAUAGAUCACUCUGAAAUUGUUAUAAGGACUGUGAUCUAUUUUUCUGAAAUAUUUGAUGGUCUAUGGUCUCCUUUAAAAUUUAGGAACCUGUUGAUUGUGUGACAUGAAUGAAGAAGGUUGAAUGUAUUCAGACAAUGUACCAUAAAGGUAUAAAUCUACAGUCUUCAGCAAAGUCAUUUGUGAUAAAAGCAUACUUAUUGCCUAUGGAAAAAAAUUCCACUAAAUAUUUAAUUAUUGUUUUUAUUUUCACACAAAUGUGCAUAUAAUAGUCUAUGCAAAUCAUGUCUGUGUUAUAAUGUUUGUUUUAUUUAUAUAUAUUGUUUAACAUUCUAAUUCUUAUUUUGCACUACUCAUAAUCUUAAGCUACAAUUAUUAUAGGUUUGUGGUGUGCGUGCUCAUACUUGGCCAGAUCAUAAACCAAACAGAAUUUAUGCAUUUUACAUAUUAUGGCAGAUGCCUUUCACUUAUUAUAAAAUGUUAAUCAGAUAGUCUAUUUUCAUAGCAACUAGUCUUUUGUCAUUAAUUAUUUAAAUUUAUCUGUAUAUGUUUAAUAGCUUGAUUGAUAAAUUAGUUUAAAGUUAUCAAUCAAGCUCUCUUUGAGACCAAUGUGUGGGGUUUUAUUUUUAUUAUUAUUAUUUUUUUGUGCUUUUUCUUCCUGGUCAUGUUUGCUUAUUUAUUGUUGCCUACCAGUAACAGCUAGAGUUAACAAAUUCAAUAAAUUCAGAAGCAAUCAAAGAAGAAGAAAACAUAGUUUCUGACUACAUCAGAUUAAGGGAAACUGCACCGAAGAAACAACUACUGUGUCUGUAUUGUACAGGGUUUUUUUUUUUAAAAAACGACAAAAACCUUAAAGACUGAAAUAGAAAAGUUGAAUUUAUUUGGUCACAAAAAUAAAUUCUCUGAUUAAAAUAAAUUUAAGGCAUUUUGUUUUGACAGGUUCAGGCUUUAUACACUAAAUAAAAUAUUCAGCUGCAAUUUAAAUUUAUGCUGAUCUUUUAAUCUACAGUACAUCCUAAUUGUCUGCUUCUGUUUACAACAGAGAUAGAACAUUUCUUUUGUUGGAUCGAUCGAGUUCUCAUAAUAAACUAA